CCGAGUCCGUUCUUGUUCGGAUUGUACUUCGUUCCCUGGACGCUGCAUUCUCUAAUAGCAGCGUAGUGUUAACGACGUGUCAAAAAAUCAUUAGGUUGAUGUUGUAAUUUGUCAAGAUAAGGCAUGACGAACUACUCUGUUCCAAGAUUGACGUCACGACCGCAAUGGCUCUGAAUGUGGAAACGUGUGGCUUUAUCGUGCGUCCUAACUUUAAUACUUCUAGCUAUUGUAGUGCCCACAACUGUACAUUUCACUCAUCAUCCGGACGUACCGCCAGCACCGCCCGGGCCCGCACCGACCAUAUCGGUCCCAUCGGAAAAUCCAGACUCAUCGACCGAGGAUGAUAACGGGACAGAGUUUUGCAUUGUCGAGAGGGACAAAUGGGGUGCACAGCCACCUUCGAAACCCCUAAGAAAAAUGAAGCUGCCAGUACCACAUGUAAUUAUUUGUCACACUGCGACAGCAUUCUGUACCACGCAAUCAAAGUGCGCAAACAAAUUGAGAAUUAUCCAGAAUUAUCAGAUGAAAAAUGAUUAUGCGGAUAUCGCCUACAAUUUCAUGGUCGGAGGCGACGGCCUCGCAUAUGUUGGCAGAAACUGGAAUUACGUCGGUGGCCAUUCAGGAGAAUAUAACGGCAAAAGUAUCGGUAUUGCGUUUAUCGGUGAUUUCACUUCGGUUGUACCGCCGAAAACGCAAUUAAAUGCCGCGCAAAAGCUCAUAGAGUUAGGCAGAGGAGCCGGAAAAAUUGCGCCUGACUAUAAAUUGUUAGGUCACCGACAAGCUGUGAAGACUAAGAGUCCUGGAGAUGCCUUAUAUAAUGAAAUUAAAAAGUGGCCCCAUUGGUCAUCUCAGCCCAGACCUUAAAGGUUCCUGCUAGCUCAAAAAAGUCCAAUUUUUCAGGAAAUAAUUGAGUGAAUCUCAAAGAAUUAUAUAUGA